AUGAACCCAGUUGUCCCCAGCAACAUCAUGGCUAAAUCCAUCUUUGUUCUUUUUGGGUUGAUUUCCUUUGUUCUCGGCACUUGCCCACAGAAUGCGGCCGAGUACGGUGAUCAAGCCGAAUGCGUUUAUCCAAUCGAUGCUGCCGCCACUUAUUCAACAUCGAAACUCCUAUGUCAACAACUUGGCGGAGAGAUCAUCUCGAUUCGGAGUGUUUUCGAGAACGUUCUCGCCGCUUCUCAAGCACAAACAGCUAUUGCCGGAGCCAGUCAAUCGUAUAUCGGAGUGAUCAAGAAUUCGAACGGCACUUGGACCUAUGCUGACGGACGGCCAUUGACCUACACGAAUUGGGCAGCGGGUCAUCCACUUGCCAAUAAAACGUGUGCCGUUUUGAGUUCAACGACCUAUUCGUGGAUGUCGGUCGUUUGCACUGAAUCGCACACUUUCGUCUGCUCUCUUCCUAAUCAAAAUUGCACUGAUGGUUGGGAGUACUACGAUGGAAACUGCUACUAUUUCUUCAAUCAGCAAGUCACCGACAAAUCGAGCAGGUACUCGGUGGGACAAGCCGAGUCUGCUUGCCAGAAAAUGAAUGCCCAUUUGGCGUCGAUUCACUCGGAUGACGAGUACACUUUUUUGAAAAAACAAAUCGCGACGAAUCUUCCGGCGAACACCUGUCAAUAUGAGCAAGCGAUUGUCGGUUUGACGUGUGGUGGACAAUAUGCAUGGUAUGACUCGAGUCCCGUCGAUUACUACAAAGGGAAAGGUUGCAAUUCGGUCUACACGGUGAGUGCGCACAUAUUAAGAAUUUGUGAGCUCCCG